AUGGCAGGUGUUGCACCCGAAGGAUCACAGUUUGAUGCAAAGCAAUAUGACACUAAAAUGAGUGAAUUGCUCUCAACUGAUGGACAAGAGUUUUUCACAUCAUAUGAUGAGGUUUAUGAAAGUUUUGAUUCCAUGGGGUUGCAAGAAAAUCUUCUGAGGGGAAUUUAUGCUUACGGUUUUGAGAAGCCUUCUGCAAUUCAGCAAAGGGGUAUUGUUCCAUUCUGCAAAGGCCUCGAUGUGAUUCAACAGGCUCAGUCUGGAACUGGAAAAACUGCAACCUUCUGCUCUGGAAUUUUGCAGCAACUUGAUUAUGCUGUGGUCCAGUGCCAGGCUUUAGUUUUGGCACCUACCAGGGAGUUGGCACAGCAGAUUGAGAAGGUUAUGCGAGCACUUGGUGACUAUCUAGGCGUGAAGGUUCAUGCCUGUGUAGGAGGGACAAGUGUUCGUGAGGAUCAGCGCAUUCUUCAAGCUGGUGUUCAUGUUGUUGUUGGAACCCCUGGUCGUGUAUUUGACAUGUUGCGGAGGCAGUCUCUUCGUCCAGAUUACAUCAAGAUGUUUGUGUUGGAUGAGGCCGAUGAAAUGCUUUCUCGGGGUUUUAAGGAUCAGAUCUAUGACAUUUUCCAGCUUCUGCCAUCAAAAGUUCAGGUUGGGGUGUUCUCUGCUACAAUGCCACCUGAAGCCCUUGAAAUCACGAGGAAGUUUAUGAACAAACCUGUGAGGAUCUUGGUGAAGCGUGACGAGCUCACCCUUGAGGGUAUCAAGCAAUUUUAUGUCAAUGUUGAUAAAGAAGAAUGGAAGCUUGAGACACUUUGUGAUCUGUAUGAGACCCUGGCCAUCACCCAGAGUGUCAUUUUUGUUAAUACAAGGCGAAAGGUGGACUGGCUUACUGACAAGAUGAGAAGCCGUGACCACACUGUCUCAGCUACUCAUGGUGACAUGGACCAGAACACUCGUGACAUUAUCAUGCGUGAAUUCCGCUCUGGCUCGUCCCGUGUUCUCAUAACCACUGAUCUUUUGGCUCGUGGUAUUGAUGUGCAGCAGGUAUCUCUUGUCAUAAAUUAUGAUUUGCCGACCCAACCAGAGAAUUACCUUCAUCGUAUUGGACGAAGUGGAAGGUUUGGAAGGAAGGGUGUUGCCAUUAACUUUGUGACCAGGGAUGACGAGAGAAUGCUCUAUGACAUUCAGAGGUUUUACAAUGUGGUCAUUGAGGAGCUGCCAUCAAAUGUCGCUGAUCUGCUCUGA